AUGACCCAACCCGUCCAACUCCCUGUGCAGGUCAUCGACACGAUCCUGUCACACCUCGUCCCUCCUACCAUCCCUCUACCUCGUCAACUCGUCGCUCAACCCAUCUUGAGAAGGUUGGAAUUUGUCCCGCCGGAUAUUCACGACACGGAUGCCUACCUCACGCCUAACCCUGAUCCAUCCACACCAGACUCCCCAUCGACCUCUUUGACGGCUCUGUUGGGCUCACUCGUGGAUGGAUACACGCGAGGGGAAGUGACCUAUGGUUACGAUGGAGAGACAGUCUUCGCGAGGAUACCCCUGAGCCGGGGCGGAGAAACCGAGGUGAGGGUGAUGUUCUCCUAUGAAGAUGGACAAAAGGCCAGAGGAUGGGUGUAUCACGCGGUUCAGAAGCCAACGAACGACACGUUGGCAUGGAGUGAGACCCUUCCUCAACUCCCUCGUGGGGAUGCUCCCCCUGAAUCCGACACACUCGCCCCGAAAGGCUACUGGGAGGGAUUCACACCACCGACACGCUACGUCGACCUGUCUGACAAGGCGGAUGAUGACUAUUGGGCUUCCUACGGGACCCCCCAAGACAUGGCUUCGAGGCCUAGGACACCGAUACCGACGCAUGUGCCGGAGAAGAGGCCGGACCCCAGCGACCUGAGGGACAAGAUGGAGUCAAAGAUCAUGUAUGUGCUGAGAAACAUGUGGACAGAAUGGACCAGAGGGGCAGAGAGGGAGGAUGAGCUCGAGGAGAGGGCAUUGGGCUGGCUACGGGUCUGCCGGUUAGCUCUGGAGGGCGAGGCGUUCACGGAUCCGAAGGAGCUGGUGCUAUGUGCAAAGAUACAGGUCUGUCAGGAACUCUCAACCACGGUGACCAGUGGAGAAGGGGCGUUCUGGCGAAUGGUGGAGAAGGUCGUUCAGUUGCGUAUACAGUCGAGUGAGCCGAGCGGAUGGGAGUGA